ACAAUCCGUGGAUGAUGCAUCCCCGUUCCGCAAUCCCCGCAACACCCGCAAACAUGAAGACAAGCUUUCGGGCGAAUGGAUCACUGCGGAGGUGGCCGAUGCCCGAUAGGCACAGGAUUCUUAACAAGCACUACUAAGUUAGCAUGCCUAAGAUGAAGCCAUUCUCAUGAGAUCAAGGAGUAACACGUUAUUGGUCUGCUGGGACUCCGCGUAAGAUGGAGCUCAUGACGCCUCAUCGGCCUUGGCACGCGACGCGGGGGCGGAGAGUCCGAGAGCCGAACUGCGUUGUCGGGGUUGAUCCGACUCGGACCUAUCUUGAGCAUCUUCACGUCUUUCCACACAUUCGCCAACAUGUCUUCAGUGCAAACGACGCAGACAGCGGCCAGCGUCGCGCAGACCGACAGCCAGGGCCAAGCACAAGCCAAAAAGACACCCUUGGAGCUCAACUGUCAAGGGACACCUCUGCCUGGCAUCCCCAAGCAUCCUACCUUUGCUGCCCAGAGACAAUGGCUCCUCGAGCAGAUGGCCCUCGCCUUUCGCUGCUUCGCGCGCAAGGGCUACACAGACGGCAUGGCAGGCCACAUCUCCGUCCGCGACCCAGAGAAUCCACAUACCUUCUGGACUAAUCCCCUUGCUGUCCAUUUUGGCCUUCUCAAGGCGAGUGACAUGAUUCUCGUGGACUACAACGGCGUGCCUGUCGGAGGUAACAUGAGCCGACCAGCCAACGCGGCCGGCUUCCUCAUCCACAGUGCCGUGCACAAGGCACGACCCGACGUCACCGUCGCCGCCCACAUGCACAGCCCCCACGGCAUGGCGUGGAGCGCCUUUGGCCGCCCGGUGGAGAUGCUCACGCAGGACGCCGCCUAUCUCUACGGCGACGCCCAGGCCGUCUACAAGGACUUUGGCGGCGUCGUGCUCAACGAGGAGGAAGGCCGGCGGGUCGCUGCGGCGCUGGGUCCGCGUGGAAAAGCCAUGAUUAUGCAGAAUCACGGGCUGUUGACGGUGGGGUCCACGGUGGAAGAGGCGUGCUUCCUCAUGACGCUGCUGGAGAGGGCGUGCCAGGUGCAGUUGCUCGCCGAGGCGGCGGCGGCGAACGGGGUGCCCAAGAUUCUCAUCGCGGAGGAGAGUGCCCGGUAUACGUUUGACAACUCGAGUGAUGCGAAGACGUUGUACUGGGAGGGGCAGCCUGACUUGCAGUAUGAAGAGUAUAUGGCAAAGGGGGAGCAUAAGGGGUGAAGGAGGGCGAACUUCCGUCUGGGUGCAUAGUCAAGCUUCUUGCGUACUUGCUUCUUCCAAACGGCGAAUGAUACAUUUGGC